UGAUCAUUGAAGGUCGCUUUUGACGACUUCACCACUGCACCACUCACGACAAGCUUAAUUCCAUUGUUCAACACCUCACGAUAGUGGCCGCGAAGCUUCAGGCUUCGGCAGGUUCUUGAAUACUCCCUUCUCAUAUGUUUUAGGCCGACUUCCAACCAAUCCCUGCAAGAUGUUUCUCCACUCCCUCCCUCGUGCUGCUCGCACCUCUACGAGUAGCUUGAAGACAAGCACGCGGAUGGCCUCUGCCAGUCUCCGAAACUUCCAAUCCUCGGCGCGAACAAUGGCUCCUACCUUCUCUGCUACGCAGCAACCUCCCAUGACCAGCCAAUCUCAAAUCCGAUCUGCUCAUGCCAUUUCCAACCCGACCCUCGCUGGGAUUGAGAAACGAUGGGAAGCAAUGCCCCCUCAAGAGCAGGCCGAGCUUUGGAUGCAACUGAGGGAUCGUAUGAAGGUUGAUUGGCAUGAAAUGACUUUGCAAGAGAAGAAGGCCGCAUGGUGGAUCGCUUUUGGACCUCACGGACCUCGCGCAGAGACACCGCCGGGCGAAUGGACAAAAGUGUGGGUUUACACAGCAGCCGGCGUUGCGAUAUCAGCAGUCUUGUUCUUGAUCAUCCAUUCCUUCGCCAGACCACCGCCACGAACUAUGACUAAGGAAUGGCAAGAGGCUACUAAUGAAUAUCUCAAGUCUGAGAAGAGCAACCCUAUUUAUGGUAUCAGCAGUGAAGGAUAUAGCGGCAAAGGUCAUGUCCAGAGCAAGUCGGCCAAGGCUCAGGGAAUAAAGAUCGAAGCCGACGAAUAGAGAAGGAGUGGGAGCUGAGAGACUGCUCGAACUUUGAGCUGGCAGUCGCCUCUGUACUGUGACUAGUAUCAGGAGAAUGCAGGAUUCUCUUAUUUUACCAAUACAAAACCAACAUUCAGUCCAGCUUUGAUUCCAGGCGUCGGUUUCGACACAAUGUACAUAGAACCCACCAGAUAGUGGCUUAUCCGCAUGGCACCAAACUGUUGCUGCUCUCUACGAACAGUCACCGUGAUCGCAAGCUUC